CCCUGUGUGCGUGAGUUGGGCCAUGUGCGUGUGCCUUGGCCUGCGCCUGUGGUGGUAGGUAAUACUAGCAGCGAGGCGAAGAAGAAACGCAGAAAAUUAAGGUUAGAGAGCAGCCAGCCAACAACAGCCAGCGGAAGAAACAGCAGCAGCAGCAGCAGUAGCAGCAAGCCUACCAAGCAGAACCACACACCUCACAGCAUGGACAGCGCCGGUAAAAAUCGUUAUGAGCUCUUGUUCAUGGACGACGAUGUCAGCGAUCCAUUAGAUAAUCUUGUGGCGCCGACGGCCGCAGCAACGGCAGCAGCAGCCGCAGCUGGCAAGAAGAAGCAGCCGAGUGCUGCGGGUGGUGCUGCAUCGGGUGGCGCCAAGACCGCCGCCAAAGUGCCCAAGGCGGCCAACGCUGCCGGAGGACCCAAUCCCAAGAAGCCCAACCAGGCCGAGAAGGAAAACAAACCGAAUGCGCUGAACAAGAACGAUGGCAAGAAGUUUGCAGCCAACGGCGAGAAGCAGCAGUUCAACAACCAAAACAACAAACAGGGCGCUCCUCGGCCGGGCGGUGGUGCCAACCGAACACGUGAAUUUGGUAGCGGUCAAGGACAGGGACAGGGACAAGGACAAGGACAGGGACAGGGCCAGGGACAGCAGCAGCAGCGCAGCGUAAACUUCCGUCAGCAGAACGGCAAUGCCGAGACACGCGAGCAACGCAACAACCGUCGCAAUGUCCGCGAAAACGGAGGAGGAGCACCCGAUGGCCAGCAGUCGCGUCCGUACCGCGGCAACCAGGGUGGCGGCCCAGGCGGUGCUGGCGGCGAUCGGCCCCAGCGCCAGAAUCGCAACUACGAUGGCCAGAACAGGAAGCGGGAAUUCGAUCGCCAGUCAGGAUCAGACAGAACCGGUGUCAAGGCUGUGGACAAGCGCGACGGAGCUGGUGCCCACAACUGGGGAUCGGUCAAGGAGGCCAUCGAUGACGUUAACAAGAACGAAAGCGAGACCAGUGUGAACAAUGCCGAGGGCGGCAACAAGGCUGACGAAUCGGGCAAUGAGCAACAGACGGAGCAGCAGGCGGCCGCCGAGGAGGAGACCAAAGAGCUGACCUUGGACGAAUGGAAGGCACAGCAGGGACAGCGCAUCAAGCCAACCUUUAACAUCCGUAAAGCCGGAGAAGGUGAAGACACUUCGCAAUGGAAGAAGAUGAUUGUCCUGACCAACAACAAGAAGAAGGAGAACGAGAGCGAAGAGGAACUUGAAUACGAUCCUGCCAUGUACCCACAGCGCGUCGGCCGUCAGCAGCGCGUCUUGGACAUCCAGUUCAAUUUUAACGACGGUCGCCGCGGCGGACCCGGCGGAUUCGGAGGUCGUGGCGGUGGACGCGGCGGCCCGCGCCCCGGCGGCAUUGGCGGUGGACCGCGCGGAGAGGGCGGCAACCGUGGCGGACCACGGGACGGUGCUUCCACCGGACAGCAAUACAACAACAGGGCGGACAAUGAGGGCGGCAAUGGCGGUGGUGCUUCGGCUGCACCCAACAACCGGCCGCCAGUCGAUCGUCGCGGCCCCGGAAACAACAACCAGAACAGUGGAGGCCCGGGACCGAAGCGCUUCGAUAGGCAACAGAAUGCUGCUCCCAAGGUGAACGAUGAGCGCCAGUUCCCCACACUGGCCUAAGUCCAAGUUUAGGCUGGAGGAGAAGGUGAAGGAGGAGUUCUUCAACUUGAUGUUUUGGUGACUGAACGGGGCGAGGAGGCAAGAGGAGGAGGCAGAAGCGCUGGCAGAGGAGAGCAGGUUACCAAAAUAAAACUUAUAAAUUACAUAUAUCACAGACAAGAAACCUUCGAAACAAAAAUCCAAUUGUAGCCGCCAUAUAAGCCAAAAGCAACAAAAAUACCAACAUCCAAGCUAA